UUUGCACGAUAUUUUCACCAUUUGUCGUUUACUCGUUUUCGUCGCGUCCUAUUCCGCCUUCCACGAGUCUCGUGAUUUGUUUUUGUUUUUAUACGAAUUCCCGGUUUACCGUUUUGUUUGUUUCCCACCCCUCCGCCGCCGACGAUAUUAUUAUUACUAUUCGCGCACGCGCGUUCGUGCACGGUAUAUUUACACUGCUUCGUACUAUUAUAGUGCACUACAAUAACACACUUACUUGCUUGCGCUCCACUAUCGUGCACUGUGCCACCGUGACUACUGCCAGCAGCCAUCGCCGCCGACUCUAGUUCAUAUCGAUAUUCGAUAACGCCUGACCACCAGGGAAUCCCAGUCAUAUUUUCCGACACACGAUCUCGAUCAGUGCUGCGUUAACCGUUCCGGAAAAAUGGCGAAAACCUUCUCGUCCGUCAUCAAUCCCAAAAAUAUUUUAAAAUUCAGUGACGCAUUCUACAGUGAUGCCAAAAAUGUGUUGGCCCAAAAUGCCUGUUCUCGUGUUAGCCCAACAGAAGUGAGCACGUCAAGAAAUAGAGUACAGGAAUGCCAUCACUAUUACACGCACAAGAUUGAGUCUGAAGGCAAACCAGUAACUAACCAAAGAAGUUCGGGUCGCUGUUGGAUAUUUGCAUGUUUAAAUGUGAUCAGAGUUCCAUUUAUCAAACAAUUCAACUUAGAAGAAUUUGAGUUCAGCCAAGCUUAUAUAUUUUUUUGGGACAAGAUUGAAAGAAGCAAUUACUUUUUAAAUGCAAUUGUACAAACCGCUAAGCGUGGUGAAACUGUUGAUGAUAGAACCACUGCUUGUUUACUCACUAAACCUAUUGAAGAUGGAGGUCAGUGGGAUAUGUUGGUCAACAUCAUAACCAAGUAUGGGUUGAUGCCAAAGAAGAACUUCCCUGAGUCGUUUAGUUGCGAGACUAGUAAUACUGUUAAUGUUAUACUGAACAGCAAGCUUCGAGAAUAUGCUAUAAUUUUGCACAAACUUGUCAGCGAUAACGCCACUGACAAUGAGAUUAAAACCAAAAUCGAAGAACAAAUGCAAGUCAUUUAUCGAAUUGUUGGUAUUUGUAUGGGUAUACCACCAGCUACAUUUGAAUGGCAAUACUAUGACAAAUCUAAAGUGUUCAACACUGUUGGACCUAUCACUCCAUUGGAUUUCUAUUUGACACAUGUCCGCCCUGUGUUUGAUGUCGUAGAAAAGGUGUGUUUGAUUUCGGAUCCACGACCAAACAACCGGUACGGUAAAUUGUACACAUUGGACAUGUUAAAUAAUAUGGCUGGUGGGCGAAAAGUUCUCUAUAACAACCAGCCAAUUGAAGUAUUAAUCAAGGCAGCUCAAGAAUCAAUUGUAAAUAAUGGUGAACCAGUAUGGUAUGGAUGUCAAGUGAGCAAAAGAUUUUCUGAUAAGCUUGGAUUGGAAGAUUUGAAAAUUCAUGAUUACCAGUUAGUCUUUGGAACUGAUGUAUCGAUCCCGAUGACUAAAGCUCAACGUAUGUUAUAUGGUGAAUCUGCCAUGACACACGCAAUGGUACUAACUGGAGUCAAUGUUGAAAAUGGUAAUGCAACCAAGUGGCGUGUUGAAAACUCUUGGGGUGAAGAACGUGGUGACAAAGGUUACUUGAUGAUGACCACAGAUUGGUUUAAAGAAUACGUGUUUGAAGUGGUUGUAGACAAGAGUCUUUUAUCCGAAGAGGUGUUGUCUGUGUUCCAACAAGAACCUCAAGUACUUCCCAUUUGGGAUCCAAUGGGAACAUUAGCUUAAUUAUUACUGAAUUAUUAUUUGUAUUUUUUUCCAUACUUAUCUUAUUAUGUAUGAAUAUUAUAUAAUAUGCAAUUAUUUACAUAAAAUGAAGUUUGAAAAUGUUUUAUACUAUUUGAUUGUAUUGGACAUUUCCAAACUUUAUUUGUAUACUAUACAAUAUUGUAUUCUAUAAUCAUAUGUGUGCUAUUUAAAUUAAAUUACACACAUAUAUAUUUUAUACAUUAUAA